AAUUAAUGUUACCACUCACUUAAGUAAAUAGAAGUUUAUUUCAUCAUAGAACAUUUACCAUAGAUAAUCAACUUCCUUAUUGUAAAAACAUUUUGAAACAAGAAAGAAUUCUCCUGUAACAAUCAUCAGAGCUCCUGCACUUCCUAAAAGGUAGCCCUUGAGUGGUUCUUCUUUGUGUUUAAGAACUCCUUAUUAAGAUAUUAAAUUAAGAAUGCAUACAUAAGUAGUAAAUAUUGUUAUUUUAAGUAAAGUGAAGAAUCUAAGUUUAAUUCUACAAUAUAGCAGGAUGAUUCAUAAAAUUAAUAAAUGAGUUUGUUUGUAGAUAUUAAGAAUGAUAAAUUAAGUUGCACAAAAACUACUGUUGCUGAAAGUGUUGAAGAGGACAAAUAAUUAAUCAAAAGUACUUUUAUAUUUCAAUUAGCUUAAAGAAAAUUUUGCAAAAUAAUCAUAUCUGUAAAUGUAGAAAUAAAUUCUUGAUAGGGAUUUGGAAAUACUUUAAUUAUAAAGAACCAUCAAAAUUCUUAAAGAUUAAAAUGUAAUCAUUUAUCUUUAAGAUUAGAAAAAACUUGUAAACGAAAAUUCUGUUAUGAUUAAGGAAAACAUUCAAAUGAAAACUAAAAUUGAUAUACUUGAAAAAAGGAUAGAAGGAUCUCCAACUCAUGCCAGAAUAUCCGAUUAUACAUCUGCAUUAACUGAAGUUGACAAAAUAAAAAUUGAAUCACUUUUAAACUGA